AUGUCAUUCAAGAUCUACAUUGACCCUUCACCACAACAACCAUCUAAUAUAAUGCGCUCACAUACUCUCCCAUCUCCAUCUUCAUUAUUCUCGACGCUUAUCCCUUCCCUCCCUCCUGCCUCCUCCACUUCCCCCACUCGCAUCCCUACCACCACCACCGACACAUCUAUACCUCGUACAGGGAAGGAGAACGUUGACCCCCUCACCGGAUUACCCGCAACCCGCAAACUUCCAAAGUCAAAAUCAAAGUCCACCUCCCGAUCCAAGCAGCCCCUCGCACCCGCGUCCGCACCCACUGCGAACAAGCCCAAGUCCAAGGUCAAACCCCCAAAACACACAGCCGACUCCUCCAAACCUCAACUCCGAAAACAGAAGCCCGCAGCCAAACGCCCCCUCUCCCCGUCCCUCCGUUCCCCACCGCCCCCUGCAGCUGCGUGGCCUUCCCCGCCCCUGUUCGACCAGACCGAGCACUUCAACCGUCUUGCACAGCAGCUCACCGUCCUCCCCCUAGCGGACGUGAGCCUCGCAUAUGCUGUCCAGCCCCAGCUUGAGGCCGAGGUGGACCCGACGAUGAUCCCCCUCCCCGAGAGUCCGAAAGAGGACCGCAUUUGGAGGCCGUUUGUCACGGAGGCGGGGACUGCGCAGGUAGAGGUGCAUCUGGAGCUGGAGAAAGCAGGGGAUGGGGAGAGGCCGGCCAAAAAGCAGCGCUUGGAGGGGAGGAAGACGCUCCGUAGGGCUGUCACUUCACCCUUGGGCAGGCCGGUGGUGGGACAUCAAGUUGGGACCGUGCGAGCUACGGAACGGACACCGCACCUGCCACAACUUCAAAUCCAACCGCAACCAAAACUGCAAUCGAAAAACACCUCCGAACUGGGAGAUACACCAUCCCUCCCCAUCUGGGCCGAUCUCCCAUAG